CCAUCGCCGGAGACAUGUGAAGCCAUAUCCGAGAAUUGUGUUCGUUUUUUCAGAUCUGGAAAUCCAAAAGCCUGCUAACGAACCCCAUGUCAGGUCUCAAACUCGCCACCGCAGCCUCCAUCUACGCCACGCCAUGCAAAUGGGUCCGGACUAUAACCACCACCUCCCGCGGGCACAUGAUUGCACCCCGGCUGCAUGUUAGCUUUCCCCUCUCUCGUAAAAACCCAGGAUUUAGAACUCUGCUCCCUAGGUUUCCUCCAAUCCGGUGUUGUUCCUCUUCCGGUUCCUCCAUAGAUAAAGGAGGUUUUCCAGGGUCCAGGUCGGGUCUUGUGGCUGAUAUGGAUUCAGAUAACAAGCCGUCUCCUCAAAUACAGCAGCAGAAGCAGACUUCUUCUAAAUUUCUUACUUUGCCAACUAUUUUAACGCUCGGCCGUGUCGCUGCUGUGCCGAUUCUCAUUGGCACCUUUUAUGUGGAUAGUUGGUUGGGAAGGACUGCUACGACAAGUAUAUUUAUAGCUGCUGCUAUCACUGAUUGGCUUGAUGGAUACCUUGCUCGAAAGAUGAGGUUAGGCUCCAACUUUGGUGCAUUUUUGGAUCCAGUAGCUGACAAGCUUAUGGUUGCCACCACGUUAGUCUUAUUAUGUACAAGACCAUUGGAAGUUGCUAUGUUUGGACAAGUGCCAUGGCUGAUGGCUGUACCCUCAGUUGCCAUAAUUGGUAGGGAGAUAACAAUGUCCGCGGUCAGAGAAUGGGCUGCGUCUCAGGAUACUAAGCUUUUAGAGGCUGUUGCUGUAAAUAACCUGGGAAAGUGGAAAACUGCAACCCAGAUGGCUGCAUUGACCAUCCUACUGGCUACACGAGAUAGCAGUCUUGGAGGACCUGGCAUCUUAGUAGCUUCAGGUGUCUUUUUCCUUUAUAUCUCAGCAGGGCUUUCUCUUUGGUCUUUAGCUGUCUAUAUUGGGAAGAUAUCAAAAGUACUGAUAAAGUAAUCUCGCUGGCCUGUCAGCUGCAUUUGCUUUGUAAUGGUGGGGAUGGUGCUUUGUAGAUCAUUUAGGAAUGAAAAUUUUCACACAUUGAAGCAGGACUCAUCACUUAAAGUAGAUCAAGGCAAAGGCAAAUUGAUUCUUUCUUUUCUCAAGUUCCUGCAUUUCUAAGCUCUAAGCUUGUUUACUUACAUUGUUUGACGAUCACCAAAUCCAUAAUUUUGCAGCGUUUUCCUGUCUAAUAUUUGUUCACUUUUGGGUCGAUAUAGUUUGCUGGAAUACAUAAGGUUUUAGAUCUUGAAAAAUGAUUUGGAGGAUUUCGGAUGUUUAAUGUAUGUUGGCCUCAAUAGAAACAAUCAUAUGAUGUAACUAAGUUGCCUUGAAAAUUUUCUCAUUCAAACUGAUUUGGAUAUGUAAAAUACCGGUCUGCAUUUGUUGAUGCCUUUUACCAAUUAUCUGGAGGAAGGUUGCCUAUUAUGUUGCAUUGCCAACUCCUGUUCUGUUUCCUUCAUAAAAUCAAAAUUUUUUU